GGUGCUGCAGGGUCGUGCCGCAUUGCCUGGCCGCCGCGAGCGACGCCGGGGAGACGGUGAUGCUGUCGUCGUCAUUGUGCCACAGAAAGAGAGAGAAAGCGAGGAGAGGCUUUGACAUGGAGGGAAGCGGCUGUGUGUCGGCUCUGAGCUCAUCAGGCCGCCCGGAUCAGCAGGUUGGAUGUGCCGCCUGAAAGCCUGCAGGACCUGAGUCAUGAUAUACAUGGUGGAAAAAUCACAACUAAGUUAAAUUCUUGAGGGUGGAAAUGUUUCUGUGCGUAAAAGUGAAUGCCCCAUAUGUUGAUAAUGCAUCAUAGGAGCAUCAUAGCAGCAGCGUCUGUGCCAGUUCAGGGUGGAUUACGUCUACAGAGCAGCAGGCCUCCAUCUGAAGUCAGCUUCUGAUCAGGAAACCCACAAAGAAAGACCAUUUAAUACACUUCACCCUGUUGCUGGAGGUAACAAUUUCUUCUGUUGUUUCACUGGAAGCUGGUGUGGUGUGGUCCCCCGUGGAGGGACAGCUGUUGCAAAAGAUGACUCACUUACAGGCUGGCCUCUCUCCAGAGACCCUGGAGAAGGCCAAGGUGGAGCUGAAAGAAAACCCGGAGACUUUACACCAGGACAUCCAGGAGGUCCGGGACAUGAUCAUCACCCGGCCGGACAUUGGUUUCCUCAGGACAGACGACGCGUUUAUCCUCAGAUUCCUCCGAGCGAGGAAAUUCAACCACUUCGAGGCGUUCCGACUGCUGGCACAGUACUUUGAGUACCGCCAGCAGAACCUGGACAUGUUCAAGAAUCUGAAAGCCACUGACCCGGGAAUCAAGCAGGCCCUGAAGGACGGUUUCCCCGGCGUGCUCUCCAAUCUGGACAGAUAUGGCAGGAAAAUACUGGUCCUGUUCGCAGCCAACUGGGACCAGAGCAGAUACACAUUUGUGGACAUACUGAGGGCGAUCCUGCUGUCGCUGGAAUCUAUGAUAGAAGACCCGGAGCUGCAGGUCAACGGCUUCAUCCUCAUCAUCGACUGGAGUAACUUCACCUUCAAGCAGGCGUCCAAACUGACUCCCAGCAUGCUACGGCUUGCCAUCGAGGGGCUACAGGACAGUUUUCCUGCCAGAUUUGGAGGAAUCCACUUUGUGAACCAGCCCUGGUACAUCCACGCUCUCUACACCGUGAUACGACCCUUCCUCAAAGACAAGACCAGGAAGAGGAUCUUCAUGCACGGCAACAACCUGAACAGCCUCCACCAGCUGAUCCAUCCUGAGAUCUUGCCGUCAGAGCUCGGUGGGAUGAUGCCGCCGUACGAUAUGGGCACGUGGGCGCGAACGCUGCUGGACCACGCCUACGACGAGGAGACCGACUACUGUCCGGAGUCCUACACCCUGUCGGUACAAGACCUGGAGAGAGACCUGGAGAAAAACCUGUCCCCCAAAACCAUGAAGAGGUCUCAGUCGGUGGUGGAACCCGGCGUCCUGAAACGACCGGACAAAGUGAAGAGUGAAGAAGACAACAUGCAGCCGCUGCUCUCGCUGGACUAAACCCCCACGUUCAACAACAGCUCAAAAGCAUACCCAAAUCAAUAUUUACACACACAAACACACUGACUUACCUGUGCACCUGCUGUAAGCGACAUGCUCGCCCUGAAAACACCUUCCUCCAGAAAAUGCUGCUGCUGCUGCUGCUGCUGUUGGUUUCUUGUUUUUCUCUUGAACUCAAGGAAGUCAAAAUGAGCUGAUGCAAAGCGGCCAGAGAUGAGGAGGACGUUUCCUCACACGGAAGGGCAUCCUAAGAGCUACUGAUGUUGUUCUAUAUAUUUAUUUAGUUAUUUGUCAAGUGCCAAUUCCAACAACUGUAAAUUAACGUCUUUUGAACAAUCCAGCCCCUCAGUACGGAGCAGGGAAGGAGAACAAACACAAGUGCAAAGAGAAAGAGUCGCCACAUAUGUGUUAAAACAGUGUUUCCUACAGUUGUAUAGUAUAUGAGUGAUGGGCGAUUUGAAAAACUGGAAAUCGUACUUCAAAGAGGGCUUGGGGGCCAGUGGUUCCCGAGCUGCAAUUUUUUUUUCUUCUUUGUACAUUAAAUUGAAGAAACGCCCUGUAUGGGCGAGAAGCACGGCUCAGGAUUAGCAGAAGUGACCAUAAUGAGCUUGUUCGACCUCCUGGACACAAAACUGGCAGACAGGCAGGCACUGGGUUCACUGCGGGGGUUAAUGGGCGUCUUUCCUGUAAAACUAAUACCUGAACUAUCAGUCGCGCUCCAGUUAUCUCUUGGAAAAGCAAACCCCCCUUUACGAUGAGAGUUGGCGCUAUGAAUUAUGUGGUUUUUUUCCUUCCGGCCCUUUUCUCUCUUCUUCUGACCCAUUUGUCAUAUUUCCUCUGCCAUUAGUAAAAUACAAAAACAACUUGCAUCAUCAAGUAUUUGUUUGGCUGGAGAUGACCAAAAAAUAUAUUUUGAGAAACUAAUAGGUAGGACGUCAAGCCAGACAAAUAAAUAAGCCUAAAUUACAUUUUUAUAAAAGCAGAAAAAGGGCAAACAUAUCACGCUCUCCUGUUACAUUCAUUAUACUUUUGGCAAUAAUAGUCUUAAUUUUGAAAUGGUCAUGGAAGCAUUACGUAAAACUAAAAGAAUUACAUAUUAAAGGGCCACACAUUAAAGUAUUGUUUGCAUGUUUAAGACCAUUAACCAGAAAUGUAUUUUGUUAUUUAAAGGUCCAGUGUGUAACAUGUCGGAUUUAUUGGCAGAAAUGGAAUAUAAUAUUUCAAUAGUGUAUAAUAGGAAUUGUUGUGUUUUCGUUACCUUAGAGUGAGACGUUUUUAUCUACAGAGGGAGCGGAUCCUCUUCUGCGGACACCGCCAUGUUUAACCGCCACAUUUCUACAGUCGCCCAGAAUGGACAAACCAAACAUUGGCUCUAGAUAGGGCCUUUCGCAAGUCCUGCACACUGGUCCUUUAAAUAUUUCAUUUGCAUCAUUUCAGUACACUAUUGGUGUUUCAUAAUACAGCUAAAAAAAUGAAGUAUUAUCAGUAUUAGUAUUAGUUUGUAAUCUUAAUUUAAGGUCCACUUAUUAGCUUUCUUCUUAGCUUUCAACCACAGCUCACGUUCAACUAUUAAUUUACAGAUUUGAUUGAAGAUUUUAAGCGUUCAUGUGCCAUCAUGUGAUAGAAAAUUACUUCAGGCAAACCUGUCUUUUGAGUGCAAGAAUAAAACUUUUGGUAGUAGACUCUUUUAAAGGUGCCCCGUGGAGUUUAUGACCACUAGCUGCACUAUGGAGCAAUGUUUUUACAAACUUUUACAAACUAUUGUUAUCUGGCGAUGUGAUUCAUAUUCCUGCCAUUCAUUUCACACUAUUCCAGUAAUCAACAGCUGGCGAACACACAAAAAGACAAAGGCAAAGGAGAAGACGUCUAUCUUUGGCUCUUUAAAUGUUUUUUACAAGCAAGGAAAAACAUUUUUUUGACCUCAUGCAUACACACAAUGAGUGUUGGUGAGAAACACUGAAUGUUAACAUAACUUUUGUUUGGUUACAACAAAACUCAAUGGGGCACCUUUAAGUCUCAAAGGUCAGCGCUUCCUGACAGCAUGUGAAUGCACCAGACCUUAAGUUCAACAGUCUGAUAAUGACACACAGUAAUAAAUGAUCUAUCUCAGGCAGUAUUCAGGUUGGCAGUAAUUUAAACAUGAUUGGCAGUAAAUGUGUUUCUGUCCUGUUAAGUUUAAUCUAACUAAAACGUUGUUUUUAUUUUACAAAUUACAGUAUUUUAUCAUAAUUACAUCAUUUCUGCAUAUAUUCUGCAGUUAGACAAGCUACUGCUGCAGUGUAGAUACAGUAGGAUAUGUAUUUAUUUCUGCUUGCUCCACUCACUGUUUUUUAUGUUUUACUGACUUCCCAAAAAUACUACUAUAAAACUGGCACCAGCUGAAGGUGUUUGACACACUGCACUUUAGGCUCUUCCAAAACAACAAUUCAACACAUGUUUAUGUUGUGAAGUGCAAAAAAAGUAUGACAACCGAACGUUAAGGAAGCAGAGACAGGGAAACUGUGACGAUGAUGGGCAGAGCAGCAGAGGAAAAGCCAGUCAGGCUGGCAAGCAUGCAGCCGAGCAGAUCACAGAAAGGCCGGCAGGCAGGAAGUGUGAGCUGGCCGGCUGCAACGAGAGCAGACAGCUGGAAUGUUAAACUAUCACACCAGCGUACAUGACAUGUCAACCGCACUUACAACAGCUCAGAGGCUCGACCCUGUGCGGAGUCGAGUUAAGACUGCGGCCUCAGUGGUUCUUUCUUUAGGCUCAGUGAGAUCUGUCUGGUUUCAGCGCUGUUUAAAUCAGAGUGAGAUGGAGAACUGCCACAAGCAGACAAUAGCUACAGAAAAACAGUCUGGCAAACAUGUUGUGAUUGUUUAAUGGCUCAUUUGUGUUACGUCUUGUGUGAUUUCAUUUUGAAUUCUUAAUUGACACUGAACAGUUGCUACACCUGAAAGCUUGUUGUUCUCACACAGCAGCUUAUAGUGACAACAGUAGCAGACUGACUACUCCAGGUUUGUAAUAGUAAUAUUUGAAACAAUGAGCCCAUUCACCUCAUUUCAAUUUAGUCCGCUGAAAUGACAACUAGCUGAUGUUAAUGCUGUCAAACUUUUAGUUGUUCCAGCUGAUUCGCCUUAAGACGAGAACCUGUAAAACAAAAUAUUUGUGCUGAAAGACUGAGGCUUCAUGUCAAGUCAAAAAUCCUCACCAGUUGAUGAUCAACGUAGAAGACCUGGAAAUAAGGAAACAUCAUUGUGGUGGAGACUAUUAGUUUAUAAUUGAAAAUGUGAUUAAAAAGUUAAACAGAACUGCUGUUGCUUGUUGAAGAAAAAUACCAUUGGACAAGCAACACAGAGGUUAAAUUUAUGCUGUAUUCUUUAUAUUUUUCAUUUUUAAGACAGAAAAGGUUGGAAACUCAGAUAAUGAGGGUGGCUGAAGACACAAACUCUCCCAAACCAGAUAAAGAGCAGGACAGACUGCUAACCUGGAUGUUCCUGUCAUGAAAAGGAGAUUUUUCUAACACAACCUGUAAUCCUACAACAUACAGCAGCUAGUUAAUGAUAUGCUCCAUGGCAUUAAACUCUAGUUUGCUGUACACUGGUAAAUUAAUUAGCCCUUGGCAUGCUUUAGCUUCUUUUAAGAUUCUUUCCAAACUCUUUAAAUACAUAAUAUUGCUCUUGCUAGCACCCAAUGCACACCACUUUGGCAUGUGUAGAAAUGAAAAACUCUCCAGCCGAGUUGUUUAGGAGGGGUUUACAAGCAGUAAUUUCUCAGCAAAAGCCCAAACCACCUGAGUGAGCUACAGCUCCAUUCUGGCACAGAUUGGCCCAAAGUCCUGAAGUCACUGCCUCCCAGCUGUUGCUUACUUUCAUUGAGCUUAUUUAGUGGGACAAAAAUAUAUCUUUCAAUAAAUACAAGUAACAUUCAAUACCCACGUCCGUGAUAAUGACUGAAAAACACUGAGCUCAAUCAUCUCUUCACAUUCACGUCUGUUAGAAUCAAACUGCUCUGAUUGCAUUGCAAGUUAUUUUAGGGGGCGAAAACAUGUUAUUUUAGCUACAUUUGUCAAAGCAGCCAUUUUACUCAGAUUUUUCCAUGCACUGGGACACAAUUAUGUUUGAAAGCUUUUGACUGUGGCAAAAAGCUAAUGGGGAUGGAAAUUAUAGAAAAUUACACUGGUAUUAUUCUCUGAACCUCCACAGGGUACAGUGGUAACCGUAAAAUCCAAACAUAUCAUCCACCAAAGUCACAAAAUUGGACUGAAACACUGGAGAGAUAGCUUUGAACAAACCAUAUUAUUUUGGAGGUAUUAUUUCUGUGUGGAGGGCAGCAUCAAGAACCAAUGUGCAAACUAUAGGCAGAUGACGGAAACAAUGAGCAGAACUCUUGUUUGAGACUGUAGAACUGGAGUUUGAAGAAACAUUUUUAUCAUCAGACAGAGCGGGUCCUCUUCUAUGAAAGCUGCCAUGUUGAAUUGCCAUGUUCCUACAGUAGCCCAGAACGGACAUACCAAACACUUUUUCUAGAUAGGUCCUUUGACAUUUUUCACCACAGCCACCAUAUUUUCUCCUACUACUAAACUUGGUUGAGGCUAGCUGUUUUUGCUGGUUGCAAUCUGCAACUUCACCACUAGAUGCCACUAAAUCCUACACACUGAUCCCUUAAGUGUCAAUGCAGGGAGCAGUGCACCUUUUAUGUAGCAAGAUAAAAAGUGAGAAAACUAUCUUUUCCUAACUAUUAAGCAUAUAAUAUAUUAAGGCAUCUUUUUUUGAAUGGCUUUAAUUACUGAACGUAAUCUGCGGUCUUGCAGAAUCGUCUGAUAUUGGUGUUUGGUUACAUUUUCUGAGCGUUACAAGAUAGUCAUUAAGAGCCAAACAUAUCAGCUAUCUUCAAUCCAAAACUUAAUGAUGUCAGUUUUUAAAUAUUUAGAGUCAGUGUUGCUUCCCUAUAACACCAUUAAGGUUAACAUUAAGAUUAUUUUUGUCAAAUCUUCGUGUUUUAUAAGAAUUGAACAAACGCUGGGAUUUGCCAGCCAUUUUAGGUAUUUCCUACUGGUUAUUGCACCAGUUUAAAUCGAACCGUCAGACACUUAACUGUAGGGGAAAUGUAGAACUGCCAGUUUUGUGCACAUCAGAGAGACUGUAAUAAACUGCAAGUCAAAUACAUGUUCAUCAAGUGUUUUAGAAUUAUUUCCGUGCAUUGGUAGAUAUCUGACAGUACACAGUAGAACAGUUACAGGCUGCACAAUCAGAUUCAGCAUUAAUGUCACUUCGAGUCAUUCAGGAGGAAAUGUGAAGGAAAACACAGAUUUGUAACAUAAACAAGGCACACACACACACACACACACACACACACACACUGUAGAUGCUUCCAGUUGUUAGGAUACAAAGUUUACAUUCAAUAAACAUCUGUAUACUGCUUGAAUAUAGCAAAACUGCGUUGAACUGAAUCUCACAUAGAACAUCCUGCAGGUUCACUGGUUAUUUUUAAGGUUCCAGUAUUAGAGGUCGCUAUCAGAGUUCAGGCUUUGUUCUGUUGUAAAACGUAUUGUAUGUAGAGGAACUUAAACAUGGUAACACACAAGUAAAGACUUUAAUUUUUAUUACAAAUAUACUUUAUCGGGUAAUGCUUGGUGCUUUGCCACACAUUUAAGAUUUUUAAAAUGUUUUUUUUUUGUCAGUAUUUUAUUAAAAUUGCUAUCUACCUUGUCUAUUACACAGCUGACAGAUUGGUAUAUGUUGUAUGAAUUGUAAACAGAAUUAUGAAGUUAGAAUCUGUUUUUAUUUUUUAAAAAAUUCAGCAUUUCGAAUGUUAUUUCUUUGUGGUUGUUAUGUCUUUCCUGCUGACCUUGGAUCAAAGUAUUGUUGAAUAUAUUUCAGAAACAUGUAUUGAUGGUUUUCCACAUGUUAAAAAGCCACUCAGGAAGCCAUCCUGGAGGUCCUCAGUGAUUCUUCGUAAAUUUUGAUUCAACCAUCUCAGCAAAACUAAUCUCAAAAGGAUUUAUCUCUAGGCUGGUUUUGACUGAAAACUUAGGUUUGUCGUUGCAAUCAGUUGCAUCAGUUUAAUAGUGAGCUAACAUUUUUUCAGCUAAACACUGUCUUAUUGUAAACACAUUGUUUUUUUACACCAGCUUACAUGGAAGGAAAUGUAGAGCCCACAUACUGUUAUUCUCCAAUGCAAAAUAAGAUCUCACAGACUGUCUGGGGAAACAUGAAUGAAGCAUUCUCAUUCUCCAUCCUCUUCCAUUACCUUUGACUUGCUUCACUUAUUAAAACAAAUGCCAUAUAUGCGACCCAUGCACCAGCAUGCAGGGGCCCGGAAGGACAAAUUUAUCAAACAAACAUUGAAAUAUGAUGCUGUCACCAUUUGCAAUUCACCAUAAGCAAUGUUGGCAAAUUGCUCUAGUGAAACAGGCCCUGGUCAGCUGUUUGGAGCUGGAAAAUCCAUAUUUCCUGCAAUGAGCAAGCAGCGUGAGAGCCUGAAACACCUAUCCAUCAAACACUUUCACCUCAAAUGUACAGUACCCUGCUCUAAGCCUUAGUAGCUUCUUUAUGUAACAUUAACUAAAAAUUGGCAUCAAGGAAAACAGUUUCCAACCCAAAAAAAUAACUUUUUUUUUUUAUAUUUUGAGUAUUUCUUUUUCAAAUUUCUGCCAUUCCCACUCAGGUUUUUUAUGCCCAGAUUGAUAAAUGUGCAUAAAAACAUGUUGAUGGAAAAUGCACUUUUGCACUGUUUUUACAUUGAUGCUUUCUCAGCCUCUCCAGUUUGUUCUGCAGCUCAAACAAUCACAUUGGUGAGACUAAAUCACUUUGUAUGGGAGAAUAACAGUGAGCAGACUUUCAUCCAGGACCUGUGAUUUGUUUUGGAUAUGCAUGCUCUUAAAUGUUUUUUUAUUUUUUUAUUUUUAAGUAUGAUCACACUAUUCAUUUUGACUUUAUUUUGGCAUGUUUAGAUAUUACUUUUAACAAUUGCAUUAAUUCCCCAGUAGACCUCCACGAUGGUGGCAAAUGUGGUUAGCAGUUGGGACAGAACCUUCCAUCUCUAGGACAGAGUAUGAAUCCCAGUUUGGAACAUUGUCUAUAAUAUAAAAGGGCAAAUCAUCCCUGUUUGGCAGAUUGUGGAGGAGAGGACAUCAUUCACAGAAAUGGGAUCCAUGUGUUGGAUCUGGAAAGAUAUGACUGUCCCAGGUCUCAUCCUUCUAGAUCUGUUGAGGCACCAGUUUGACCUUUGAGUUGGCUGAUGCAUGGAGACUCUUUCACUGGGAUACAUGCACUGUUUGCAUUCAUCUGGUUUAUAUGAUUGACAGUAAAUGGUUAUAAAAAGGGAAGAAGUUGACCUCAAUGUUUAUUUUCAGUGAUGUAAAUGUCCUCUGCUUUCCCGUGCCUUUGAGGCAACUGAAACUAUGUUGAUUAACUAUGUUUUUUUGACAGAAAACUGGCACCAAUGACAUUACAUGCACUGUAUACUGUAGAUCAGUUAGUAAUUAAAUGUUCACAUUAAGAGUUUUGUUCCACAGUGAGGUGUUAAAAAAACUGCCAGCUCCGCAAAUCAUUUCUGACAUAGAAAAAUGUAAUUAAUCAAGUCAUCUUUAUCUGAUUUCUAUAUUCAUUUUCAAGUGCUUUUCAUCAUAAUAAUGCAUUAUUAUGGAAUCAAACUCUCCAUCGCAAGCUUUGUCAGUGCACUGCAGUCUUUAUAAUGAUGGAAUAAUAAUAUUAAUUUCCCACUGACUUUGAUCAAUGUUUGAUUUAUUUGAGCCAAAGCCACCUCUUCCAUUAAAAAUACAAUGUAUUGUAUUGAAUCAUUAAUAUGUUCUUUAAGGAUUUGGACACUGAAUGACAUUUUUUAAUGAUUGAUAAUUUUUCUGAAAAUGAAUGCAUUAUGUUGAGUUGGUGAUAUACUUAUUUAAUUUUAAUAUCACUGUUCUUUGAUUGUAUAGUUACAGUAGGAGCUAUAGGGAGACCAAACUCAAAACUGAAUUGUGAGUUAUUAUGGAAAGCCAGUAUAUUAUAGGAGCAAAAACUGUUCAGUUAGCAGGUGUUAAAUGUAUAAAUGUCCUAAAAGACAAUUUGCUGAAAUGCAUUAUGUAAAACGAGCUAAAUAAAUAUGGACACACAUA